CCAAACAAACUUUUGGCAGGUUUUAUUUUUCUGGAAUACUCUAUUCUACGUCCUAUCCCCCCCCCCCCCCUUUCACAUUAAAAUUGUACUUCUGAACCUCGAAGUGGCUCCGAAGUGGUGUUGUGACUCCUCGCCCGCAGCGGAUCCGGAGCUUGGAGCGUCUGCAGCGGGAGGAGCUGGCGGCGGACCCCCUGUCACACCGCAGGGACCCAAGACGGAUCGGGUGAAAAAGAUGGUUCGAUUGGUGGCAGAACUCUUGUUGCUUUUAGGACUUGUACUUCUUACCUUACACAUCACGGUGUUACGGAGCAGCCCGCUGCACCACGGGAAUUUAACUUUGAGCCAGGAUCAGCAGUAUACUGUGAUUGCAGAGAAUAAUGUCAUAGCAGAGAGCAGUUUGUUAUCCCAGCAGGAUCCAGGGAAGCGGAGAGGACCAGAGCCCCAGUCAGCCCAGCGGCCUGCUGCCCUCCCCUGGGCCCAGAAUCAGGCUACUGGAGGCAGCUUGCAGAGAGACAGAUCUGGGGCCUUCCUCCUGGACCUCCACAACUUCCCUGACCUCUCCAAGGCUGAUAUAAACAGACAGAACCCCAAUAUACAGGUGACCAUAGAGGUGGUGGACGAUCUAGAAGGGGCGGAGCAUGAGAAAGACCUGAAGAUGGAGAACAAACCAGGUUUGGCCGCUCCCAACCGGAGAAACUGGUGGCAAAUCACCUCCUCCUCGUCAUCCUCCUCCUCUUCGGUCUUGACCCCACGUCGACCCAAGGAGCAGGCCAGGGAGCAGCAGCCCAUCUACAGAGGAGGAGUAGAACGUGGCAGUAACACAGAGGAUAGUAACUUCCUGAAACCACCAGGGGACUGGGAGAGGAGAGGAGGCGCAGGAGGAGGAGGCACCAGCAAGGCUCAGACUGAAUAUGACUAUAUAGACGGAGACGGUGGCUGGAGUAACUGGUCUCCGUGCAGUGUGACCUGUGGGAACGGGAACCAGAAGAGGACCAGGUCAUGUGGUUACGCCUGCAGCGCCACCGAGUCACGCACCUGUGACAUGCCACCCUGUCCAGGUAUUGAAGACGCGUUCAGGACAGCCGCCACCGAGGUCAGUCUACUGGCUGGAACAGAUGAGUUCAACGCUACAGAGCUCUUUGGUGUCGACACAGACAGCUGUGAACGCUGGAUGAACUGUAAGUCUGAGUUCCUGAAGAAAUACAUGACCAAAGUCUCCAACGACCUCCCCGGCUGCCCCUGCUCCUACCCCACCGAGGUGGCCUACAGCACGGCCGACGUCCCCGACCCCGCCACGCGCCGGGACUUCCGCUGGAAAGACGCCAGCGGCCCCAAGGAGAAACUAGAGAUCUACAAACCCACGGCCCGGUACUGCAUCCGCUCUAUGUUAACUCUGGAGUCCACUACUCUGGCCGCACAGCACUGCUGCUACAAUGACAACAUGAAGCUCGUCACCCGGGGUAAAGGAGCAGGAACACUCAACCUCAUCAGCAAUGAGUUCUCUGCUGACCUCCACUACAAGGUAGACAUCCUGCCCUGGAUCAUCUGUAAAGGGGACUGGAGUCGCUAUAACCAGGUCAGGCCUCCUAACAACGGGCAGAAGUGUCCAGACAACCCGCUGGAUGAGGAUUACCUCAAACAAGUUGAGGAGGCAUGGGAGUUUUAGAACUGGAGAGAUGAACAUAUGAAGGGAAAGAAAACGUAUGAAAUAUUUGUAUGAAUCUGGUACUUCAAUUGCUGCUUCAAACCAUCCAAAGCUAGAGUCCGUAUGAACUGUCUGUUGAUUUCAGCCAACGUGAUUAAAUAGACAACGUAACGCUCACAUGGACACAUCAUUGUCCUCAACAGAGACGAUGGACUCUAUUUUAAUAAUAAAACUUAACUCAAUGGUAAAUCUAAGUAUUGGCGCUAGUGCGAUAGGUUCGGGGGCGUGUCAGAAAUAUUUUUGCUAUUUUCAUAACCAGAAUUAUUGUCUCAGUAGCAGGCGGUGGUGCAUAAGGUCUGCGUUUAUUGUCUCAGUUGCAGGCGGUGCUGCAUAAGGGCUGGGUUUAUUGUCUCAGUUGCAGGCGGUGCUACAUAAGGGCUGGGUUUAUUAUCUCAGUAGCAGGCAGUGGUGCAUAAGGGCUGAGUUUUGAUAGCAGGCGGCGGUGCAUAAAGGCUGGGUUUUGAUAGCAGGAGGUGGUGCAUAAGGGCUGGGUUUUGAUAGCAGGCGGUGGUGCAUAAGGGCUGGGUUUUGAUAGCAGGCGGUGGUGCAUAAGGGCUGGGUUUUGAUAGCAGGCGGUGGUGCAUAAGGGCUGGGUUUUGAUAGCAGCCAGCGGUGCAUAAGGGCUGGGUUUUGAUAGCAGCCGGCGGUGCAUAAGGGCUGGGUUUUGAUAGCAGGGGGUGCAUAAGGGCUGGGUUUUGAUAGCAGGCGGUGCAUAAGGGCUGGGUUUUGAUAGCAGGCGGUGCAUAAGGGCUGGGUUUUGAUAGCAGGCGGCGGUGCAUAAGGGCUGGGUUUUGAUAGCAGCCGGCGGUGCAUAAGGGCUGGGUUUUGAUAGCAGCCGGCGGUGCAUAAGGGCUGGGUUUUGAUAGCAGCCGGCGGUGCAUAAGGGCUGGGUUUUGAUAGCAGCCGGCGGUGCAUAAGGGCUGGGUUUUGAUAGCAGCCGGCGGUGCAUAAGGGCUGGGUUUUGAUAGCAGGCGGUGGUGCAUAAGGGCUGGGUUUUGAUAGCAGGCGGUGCAUAAGGGCUGGGUUUUGAUAGCAGGCGGUGCAUAAGGGCUGGGUUUUGAUAGCAGGGGGUGCAUAAGGGCUGGGUUUUGAUAGCAGGCGGUGCAUAAGGGCUGGGUUUUGAUAGCAGGCGGUGCAUAAGGGCUGGGAUUUGACGAAUAAACAAGUUGAUGCUACAGGAUGUCGAAGGCUUGACCCCUCACUGGCCAAUCAGAAUGGGCUCCAUGGCUAAAUACGUGGUUUCUUCAAGCUGUGUAUUUAUGGUAUUUUAUGUAUUGCAUUGUCAUUGACCGUUAUAUUUUGUUAAAGAGCCUACAGAAACAAAAUAACAUAUAGACCUAUCCUAUAUUUACUAAAUAGUAAAUAUGUUUUUGAACAGUAAUUGCUUCAAUAUGCAAAUAUAUUGUUAACAUAGCAUUCACACUGAUAUACAGUAGCAAUAAAAAGUAUGUGAACCCUU